AUGGGGCGCAGUAGGGCUGAUGCCCAAUCAGGAGCCGCUGACAACUUUCGCCAUCUCAAAACAGUCAUGAAUGAAAAACAAGAUUUAAUAAGUCUCAACGAACAGUUUGAUGAUACUGACUCAAAUUCUGUAACAGAAGCAAUAUUUUUAGAACCCGGUGUUUACUAUCCCAAAAAUAGGCCUCUCCACAGUCAAAAGUCGCGGACCAGACCAACUAAACAGACAAAAAGAUUCGUCUUCAAAAACGGUGACUUCAACAUUGAUAAAGGCAACACCAACCACCAGGGGUUCUUCUCAAGAUGGUUCGUCACCAUGGUGGAAGCUCGCUGGAGGUGGACCCUCGUCCAUUUCUUCUUAGCCUUUACUGGAGACUGGCUGUUCUUCGGCUUCAUCUACUGGGUCAUCGCGUUGGCACAUGGAGACCUGACUGAGGAUCAUUUACCUCCAAACCAGAACCAAUCCAACUGGACCCCUUGUGUUGAAAAUAUUUAUGGGUUUACUUCAACCUUCCUGUUCAGUGUUGAAGUCCAUACGACAGUGGCUUAUGGGAAAAGAGCCAUAACUUUAGAAUGUCCUCAAACUAUUACUGCCAUGUGUUUUCAAUGUAUGGUCUGCUCAAUUUUCCAAGCGUUCAUGGUUGGGAUUCUUUUUGCGAAGCUGACAAGACCAAAAGGUAGGACGCAAACAAUUCUCUUCAGCAGACAGGCGGUGGUGACUUUGAGAGAUGGGAAACUCUGCAUGAUAUUCAGGGUAGGAGACAUGAGGAAGUCAAGGAUACUCAAUAUUAAAGCGUCAGUGUUUGUUUUGAAACUUGGAGAUGACUACGAUGAGAAUUAUGAACAAACAGAAAUGCAAGUGGAACUAGAUGGUUGUGAAACAACAUUUUUCUUAUGGCCAGUGUCGGUGAUACAUGUGAUAGAUGAAAAGAGUCCUUUGUACAGUAUCUCUGCAGCAGAUUUAUUAGUUGGAAAGUUCGAGAUAUUGGCAGUGUUUGAAGGUGUCAUUGAAUCUACAGGACAACAAGUACAAGCACGAACGAGUUAUACAGAGUGUGAUAUUUUAUGGGGCCAUCGGUUUAUACAAAUGGUUAAGCCUGAUACGAAGUCCAAUAUGUACGACGUUGACUUUUCUAAAUUGUGUGAAACUGAGAGGAUUGAUACGCCAUUGUGUUCCGCCAGUGAAUAUAAGUCCAUGUUGUCUUUGUUUGACUUAAACACAUAUACUACUUAAACUUGAAUAUUAUCAAGUCUUUCACUAGUCACUUCUUAACUGAUAAUGUAGUGUUUUACUUCUUUAAAAACAUGCGGAUUGAUACAGGGUGUGAUUUGCAUUUAAUUACAGAAGUUAUAAAAAGGACUGUAACAUUUUCCUCCACGACUGGGUUGGCACCGAAUAUUAGCCAGGUUUGGUCGAAUGGCAUUAUUUGUUUAAGCGACUGCACAAUGCCGACUUUUCAUUAAAUUCGAUGACUCUUUAUUAAAUGCCCUCGCAAACUUAUAUAUUAACAUUUUGUAAAAAUAAAUAAUAGUAAGUAAAUAAUAAUUUAGUUUUAUUGCAAGAUAAUAUUUAAUUUAAAAUUCACUGCGACCUCUAAAAUAUUGUUUAUAAG